CGACUGGUUCCGGAUAUUUGAACCAACCGCCUCAGUUCAAAACACACAAGGGGCUUGCAGAAAUGGCAACGAAAGAAAAGUCCUCUAAACUCCCUCAAAGACGUAUAAACAAGACGUUCGAGGCAUCUAGCAUCGACUCCACCGUGGUGGAAGAAAUACUGUUCAACCGAUCUGAUAAAGAAGAGGACGACGAUGACGGACCUGUGGUGUUCAUCUGUGCGAAGUGCAAACUGCCUGUCGGGGAUUCCUUGUCCUGGGAUGGAAGUGAAGACGGACAGAAACAAAUAAGACUGAAGCGGGUCACCAACAACGUCAUCGUUGGAAAGGACACGCGCUUCUUUGAACUGAGCAAACGAUCAGUUUGCCUGGUUGUGGAUCUCAUCUGUCGUAGCUGCCAAUCGGUGCUUGGCAUGGUCUACACAUCUACCCCCAGGAACCUGGACCACAAGAGGUUAACUUUCUGUCUCAGUGUCGCCAGCAUCGACAGCUAUGUGCUCGGCUCUGGAGGCCAGAUGUUGGCAGCAGAGGGCCCCAAAGAGCAGCCAGUAACACUGGAGUACAGGCAGAAUGUCGAACAACAGCUGACAAAGAUGAAAAUGCUCGUUGUCUCCAUGGCACAGAGGCUGGAGGAGAUCGAAGCUGGCCUUAAGGACGGGUUCGAAGAGGCUUGACGGUGACGGGUGUUAACUCAUCUGUGACGCUGUUUAUAUCCAGAUGUUGCAGAUUACGGAUUUUACUGCCUCGACUUGUGCACCUAUUUCUGUAUAAAUACCUCCUGUUCUAAAGUUUCAUCUCAAUCACAGUUAUUUUUUUUUUUGUCUUCAGUAGAACAUGCUGUCCCAGUUACACUUUGUAGGCACAUGAACCUAGAGCUGCACACACAUACUCCCACCAUCCACUGGGCUUUGUCCUAAAAAACCAGCAGUGGAACAAAGACUGCCUGCACUUGUAAUCAAUCAUCUUGCCACCUCGGCUCCUUGCGGCUCACGGCAGCGUGGGUUUUGUAGGUCCGGUGCGGAAUAAAUGCGUGCAGAAUGUUUAUUUGUGCAGGAUUUUAUCAGGCUGCAAACUCAGCACCAGGCGGUAUUGAUCUGGCUGCUUGAGGACACAAACUUUUCUUCUCCUCUUUGUUCCUUUCCUCGAGUGUGUACCCUUUUUAGGUUGGCACAUUUACUGAAUGUGUUCGUUUAAUUGCCCAGUUAAAACAUUUGUCGCAUUGUCUUAUUGUUGUUAAGCUUGUUUGAGUAUUGUCCAACAGUUUGUGUAAUUAAGUGUUUUGCCAACUUGACGAAAAAAAUAAACCACAUUGAUUUCCUGAAAUGAA